CCAAUCAGUCCACAUUUAGUUGUGCUUGGUAUCACACGUCAUCGACUCUCCAAAGUCUCGACUCCUCAUCAACGUACAUCCGGAAAACCGGAAAAUAAAGAGUCCCGAGGGAUCGACGCGAGAAAAGAAAAAUGAAUACGUGCCUAGACCUAGUGGUGGACGUACUCGCGGGAAUCGAUAUAAUGGAAACACCCGCAAGCGUCAUGAAUUCGGCGGACCCUGUCAUCCCCGUGGACGAAGAGAAGAACUUCAAGGACUACUGGAAAGACCUCGAGAUGAACAAAUUCAGCUCCCUCUGGAACGAAGUCCCGGAUAGCCCGUCUAGCGUCCCCAGCGACGAGGCUACUCUCAAAGAUGCCAAAGUACCGGUGGUCACAACAAAGCAGGCUGAGCUGCUAAAUUUGCCGCAAACGUGUUGGGACAGCAUAUCGAUGGCCGAGAAAUUGCGCGGGCCGCGGAUGAAGUUGAUCCGGGCAAGGAAGGAAGUCACGAUCGGCGAGGUUCUGAUGAAGUCGCGGUUUGGCGCGGCCGACGAUGGCUGGAGGAGGGACAGGAGCGAGUCGCUGAGCAGCGGCUACGAGAGCGACUCACCCUCGCCGUCCGCGUCUCUGUUUAGUCUUAUGAACUUGGAGGUCGAGCUGCCCGCCUUUCCGAUAAUGCCGCUAUCGCAGCUGGACAACGUUGUGUAUCAAGAUAAAAAGCAGGACGCAUCAAAAUUAAUGCCGAUGUUUAAGGAGAGAAGCAGGUACUCCGUCGUCAAGCCUGAAAAUCGAGAAACUCUAAAUUUGGAUAUGCACCUGAGCCCCUACCUGUCAAUAUGGGAGACGAUUGCCGAGUCUAGAAUCCCCGGGUACCCCAGUAAAACUAACAUUUUUAUGGAUGGAUGCGAUGCGUGUAGUUUUGGUGACGUUUAUCUCACAUUGUACUCCAAGCACAACAGAGCCGACAAUGGAUGUGGACAAAUAGAUUACAGCAAAAUGAACUUGACGGAAUGCAGUCAGGCAACGGAGGUGCCGAAAAAUAAGGCAAUCUGGUCGUAUCCAUAAUUUUACUUGGUUUUUUAUUUUUUUUUUGUUUCGCGGUUGACUUCUUGAGUUGUUGUCUCAGUUGGAUACAUGAGAUAAGUAUAGCAUCGAUCGAACUAUUACAAGUUAUAUACUGGUUUCCAAUAACUAAUAUUUCUAUAAAAUAUUUUUUUACGGGCUUAACUUCGGUUUUGAUAAAAAAUGGGUGGUAUUUUUUUUCAAAAUUGGAUGUGGGCUUUGCACUCAGUAGGAAAAGUUCGCAUCUGAUACUCAUCCAACCAGGGCAAGUACAAGGAGUGCCUAGGGUAUGCUCCGCAGAUCUCUAGGGUACGGUGGUGUCCUGAUAGACAUGAGCCACCAGAUAUGAGAUCUAUUAUUGAUUAAUGAUAGACGAAAGACAGUUGUGUAAUACUAGGUACUAUAUGUUGACUUACUGUGACGGUCUUGAAAAAUAGAAUACAAGAUGUAAUAUUAUAAAAAUUAAUAAAACGUAUUUUGUAAGACAAAAAAAAAUAAUGAAAACGUUAGUGAACUUUUGUGAGCUAGUAAAUAAUUAAAUCGGAAUUUCUUCGAUAAAAAAAGAAAAAAAAUUUAGUUACAAUUUUUACACAUGCAAA